AUGUACGCGGAAACGUACGAGCGCAUUGGGGAGUUCCGCUGGAACGAUCGAGUUGAACUCACCGUGACCUUGGCAAAGAAACAGGCCCGGCAAAAGGCGAUCCUCCGCUGGAAGCUCCAGCUGGGAGGUCCCCAAACGCCGGGCCGGCGGACCGUCGAUGCCAUCCGGUCCUGUCUCCAAGAAUGGAUAGACAGGGCCCGAGGCGGUUUAUUGUUCCCUCUGGCGCAGGUGCUCACCGGACAUGGUUGUAUCGGUGACUACCUGUGCCGGAUCGAAAGGGAACGCACGGCACGCUGCCACUACUGUGCAGCAGGCCGGAACUCCGCGCAGCACACACUGGCCGAGUGUCCAGCGUGGGCUGACCAGCGCGGAGCCCUGGUCUCAGUGGUAGGAGCAUAUCUGUCGCUCCCGGCCGUAGUUCGCGCGAUGGUCGCGAGCGAGCAAAAAUUGAAGGAGGUGUCUUCCUUCUGCGAUCAAGUCAUGCGGCAGAAGGAGGACGCCGGGAGG